ACACUGCGUCGGUAGGAGGCCGAGCCGAGUCGUUUGCUGAACGGAUCAAACCCAAAACAAGCGUUGUAAUUUUACCUUAUCACCAAUCAACAAGCGCCACCAUUAAACGGAUUUCACCCUCAAUAACAUAACCUGAGCAUGGAGGAGCAGAAGUUGUAGGGUCUUUGUGGCUUGAGGUGUGGGAGCGAGGCUGCUCCCUGAUUCCCCCGGUGGUCCCCUGCCCCCCGCCCUCCUGGACGGCCCCGAAAUGACCACAGGGGAGUGUUGCCACCUCCCAGGCUCCCUGUGUGACUGCACUGGCAACGCUGCCCUGUCAAAAACCGUGGAGGAGGCUGACAACCGCCGGGCCCAGUACGUCACCCAGGUCACGGCCAAAGAUGGACGCUUACUAUCUACUGUUAUCAAAGCCCUGGGCACCCAGAGUGAUCGGCCAAUUUGUCGGAUCUGCCACGAGGGUCAAGACGUGUGCAACAGCGAGGGUCUCCUGUCCCCGUGCGACUGCACUGGCACGCUGGGCACGGUCCACAAGAGCUGCCUGGAGAAGUGGCUUUCAUCAUCAAACACCAGCUACUGUGAGCUGUGCCACACGGAGUUUACCAUUGAGCGCCGGCCUCGACCCCUCACAGAGUGGCUCAGGGACCCAGGCCCCCGGAACGAGAAGCGCACCCUCUUCUGUGACAUGGUGUGCUUUCUGUUUAUAACACCCCUGGCAGCCAUUUCAGGCUGGCUGUGUCUACGGGGUGCACAAGACCACCUGCACUUCAACAGUCGUCUGGAAGCGGUUGGACUCAUCGCUCUGACCAUCGCACUCUUCACCAUCUACGUCCUCUGGACUCUGGUCUCAUUCCGCUACCACUGUCAGUUGUACUCGGAAUGGAGACGAACCAAUCAGAAAGUCCGUUUGCUCAUUCCCGACACCAAGGGUGCGCACUCAACCCAGCAUUCCUUGCUUUCCACAAAGCUGCUGAAAAAGACAGCAGAUGAGACCAUAGUAUGAGAGAUGUGGUGCGGGGGAACGAGGAACAAGAUGGUGGUAUUAGCGUGCUAUAGGUUCUUGACGCAGCGUCGUCAAUUCGAGCCGCAGCACUUUUGGAUGCAUUCUUUUCUAUUUAAUCCUUUUUAUCUAAAUAUGUGAGCACUUCAUUUGAUUUUCACCCGUCGAUUUUAAUGUUUUCUUUUUGAGCCUUUAUAAGUGUGUCAUUUGAAGAAUCCAUUUAUUUAUUAGGGGGCUCCAACAGCCAGGCUGAGGCCCCCCCCCCAUACCAUUCAGUAUGCAUUGUAUUUGAAACAAUCGGAAAUCUUACUUAUGUGUAUAGACGAUUCCUUUGAGCACAGCGCCGAGGGAUUGCGACUCAAGUACAUAUGCGGCUGCUGAAGCUUAAAACCAAACCUUUCUUUCGUUUUCGAUGUAUCGUUUUUCUACUCAUCUACCUUCAAGUACUUUCCAUCUCAACCAGACGGAGUCGCUGCUGAGUGAUUCUCUUAGUCAUUGCGACUCAUAUACGAUUUAGUCGAGAUAUAAAUGUGUAAAUAUAUACACACUUAAGCAAACGAGUAAGCUCUAAGCUUCGAUUAACAUGGGUAUUACAGGGCCAUCGUGCUUUGUGGCCCGGGAGAUGAAUGUGGAGGCUGGUGUAUUUCUGCAGCGGCGUAGCGAACAUUUCAAAAAAGGUUUACGAAUAUUA